UUAAUUGGUCUUUUUGAUACUAUAAUUCCUUUUAUUAUAUUUAUUAAUAAGUACUACAGUGCAAAUUAUUAAUGUGCAGUAUAGAAUUUAGAAUGAUGUAAACCAAUACUUAAUUUAUAUUUUUAUAAUGAUAUUGUUGCCUCGAAUUGCAUUUAUCUUUAGAGAGCAGUACCUAUAUUUUAAGUGCGUAAAUAAAUGCCUUAUUAAUCAGCUACGGGGUAAGAACACAGAAACUAUGAAGUACCUAAAUGUUGCAGAAAAAAAUGAUGCAGCAAAAAAUAUUGCAUUGCAUUUAUCACGUGGAACUUCACGAAGGAGGGAAGGCUUAUCACAAUAUAACAAGAUAUACGAAUUUGAAGCUGAAGUUUUGGGGCAAAAAAGUCAAAUGGUCAUGACAUCUGUAUCUGGCCACCUUCUAGCUUUGGAAUUUGUUGGUGCUUAUAAAAACUGGCAAUCUUGCAAUCCCCUUACACUUUUUGAUGCUCCAGUUUUCAAGUUUUGCCCAGAAAACUAUGAGAAAAUCAAGAAAACAUUAGAAAGAGAGGUCCGUGGUUGUCAAGGGCUCAUUAUAUGGACAGAUUGUGAUAGGGAAGGUGAAAACAUAGGUUUUGAGAUUAUAGAAGUAUGUUCUGCUGUUAAGAAUAACUUGAAGAUUUUCAGAGCAAAGUUCUCUGAGAUAACGGGAAUUUCUGUGAAAAGAGCUUUGCAGAAUUUGGAACAACCUAACAAGGAUAUUAGUGAUGCAGUUGAUGUGCGGCAGGAGUUGGACUUAAGAAUUGGUGCUGCAUUCACUCGGUUCCAAACUCUACGUCUCCAAAAGGUUUUCCCAAGCACUCUUGCGCAGAGCCUUGUGAGUUAUGGUUCCUGUCAGUUUCCAACUCUUGGAUUUGUGGUGGAAAGAUAUAGAGCUGUUGAGAACUUUGUAGCCGAACCAUUUUGGAAAUUAAAAGUGAAUCAUACAAUAAAUGGCUUAAGCGUCGAUUUCAAUUGGGAAAGGGUGAGGCUCUUUGAUCAAGAAGCUUGCCAGGUAUUACACGACAUAUGCACAGAGAGUCCUCUUGCUACGGUAACUGAUGUCAAAACGAAACCUAAAUCAAAAUGGCGUCCUUUGCCGUUAGACACUGUGGAACUUGAAAAAUUGGCGUCACGAAAAUUAAAAAUAAACGCCAAAGAAACUAUGAAAUUGGCGGAAAAGUUAUAUACCCAGGGUCUGAUAAGCUAUCCUCGUACAGAAACAAACGAGUUUCCAAAGGAAAUGAACCUGGGGCAACUGGUGGGUCUACACACCAGCGAUCCCAAUUGGGGUGCGUUUGCGCAGAAUAUUUUGGAUAAUGGUGGACCAACUCCCAGACAAGGAAAUAAGAGUGAUAAGGCCCAUCCGCCUAUUCAUCCCACAAAAUAUUCUAAUAAUUUAAGCGGCAACGAGCUACGACUAUACGAGUUCAUAGUUCGUUCCUUUCUGGCCUGUUGUUCCAAAGACGCACAAGGCCAAGAGACCACAGCUACUAUUAAUAUUGCCAAUGAAGUAUUCUCAGCCAACGGGCUUAUGAUAACCGCGAGGAAUUAUUUGGACGUAUAUCCAUAUGAUAAGUGGUCGUCGAAGGAAAUUCAUGUCUAUCAGUCAGGGCAAACAUUUAACCCGUCAAGUAUAGAUCUAGUGGACGGAAGUACUUCACCGCCGAACUUAUUAACGGAAGCGGAUCUUAUCGCGCUCAUGGAGAAACAUGGCAUUGGCACUGACGCAACACACGCAGAUCACAUUGAGACAAUAAAAAAUCGAUCUUAUGUAGCAUUAGCAGAUGCUAUACAUUUCGUCCCAGGCCUGUUGGGUAUGGGGCUAGUAGAAGGAUAUGACGCGAUGGGUCUUAAUAUAUCAAAACCGCAUUUGCGAGCGCAACUUGAAGCCGAUUUGAAAGCAAUAUCCGAAGGAAGAAAGGAGCCACAAGCUGUUUUGGCAGAACAGGUGGCGAAAUACAAAGAAGUAUACUUAACAGUUACAGCGGAAGCUAAUAAAAUAGAUGGCGCUCUUGCUGAGAGAUUUUCCGAAAGGCCGUUAGACUAUACGCCCAGUGAAAAUGGCUCUAAUAAUAUGCCCUCGGUGUUCAAAUGUCCGAAAUGUGGGUCGGAUAUGAUACUGCGACAGAAGAAAAACAAUACAGAUGAAUUCUACAUAAGUUGUAUGUCGUACCCAAAUUGCAAAAAUGCUGUCUGGCUGCCUUCUAUUGUAAAAACCCUGCAAGUCCUACCAGACGCAUGUCUAACAUGUGGGCCGAAUUACAAAAAGGUCAAAUUCGAGUGGCGAAAUAAUUCAAUCAAUCACUUAUACCCGCCACCUUACACUGCAUGUAUUGGUGGUUGUGAUACAACUUUCUUAGAACUGCUCAGAAUAAACUUGAAUAGUGUCCGAUCUACACAAACUGAGAAUAACCAAAAUAUAUCCAAUAGAACAACGAAUAAUGCUAAUACGAGACAAAACAUACCUAAUACAAGACAAAACAUACCUAAUACAAGACAAGACAUAGCUAAUACAGGACAAAACAUACCUAAUGCAGGACAAAGUAUACGUAAUACAAGUCAGAGUUUACCUAAUACUCGACAAACACAGCCAAGGCACUUUACUCCGCCUCUUAAUACAAAUAGGAGUCAAAUUCCGACACAAAUACCAAGAUUACCAGUACCAGGAAAUGUGGGAAAUGGUCCACGAUUCCCAAAUCCAAAUCCUGGAGAUAGUGAUGAUAAUAAUGUUAUAUGUGGGUGCAAUAAACCGGCCAUUUUGUUGACUGUUAGAAAGCAAAAUGCCAAUUUUGGUAAGAAAUUCUACAAAUGCCAAGCAGGCAAAGAUAACAAUGGUUGUGAUUUCUUUCUUUGGGCACCAGAAUCAAUAGGUUCUAACGUUCAAAGUGAUGCCUCGCGGGGCACUUCAACUCUUGGGGAUUCAUGGGGUUCCUCUGCCCCUGGUAAUUCCAGGGGUACUUCCGCCCAAAAUGACUCUUGGGGUACUUCUGCUCCUGGUAGUUCCAGGGGUAUUUCUGACCAAAACGAUUCGUGGGGUACUUCUGCCCCUGGUAAUACCAGGGGUACUUCAGACUCCGGUAUUUCAAGAGGUUGGGGCGUCGCAUCGAGUUACAAUAGAGAUGACUUUCAACCCAAUGAUGAUAACGUUAUGUGUGAAUGCGGGCUUCCGUGUAAAAAGAUAACUGUCCACAAAGAAGGUCCGAAUAAAGGGCGUCCCUUUUACGGCUGUCCCAAGGAGUUCAACAAACGAUGCAAUUUCUUUCAAUGGGCAGAUGGGGAAACUUCAACCAGCUCAGAAUGGGGCAGUAGCACCAAUAGAAGAGGUCGGGGACGUGGACGCGGGGCCAGUAGUUCUAGUUCGGAUAAUCGUAGAAAGUGUAGCGUAUGCCGACAAGAGGGACACACAAAAAACAGAUGUCCUAAUAAUAAAUAGAAAUUCUACAUUGAGCAUCGUUUUUAUUUAUUAAGCUUAAACGUAUUAAUAAAACUACUUUUGUAUUAUUUGUAAUCGUUUAAGUAAAUUGUUCCG